ACAAAUACUGCGUAAAACGCAAGAGCCCAUGGUUUUUGUCAAUCCUUAUUUGAAUUGUAUUUUGAUUUUUGACCUUGAAACAAAACUGCUAAGGACUAACAUUUUGCACAUGCUUGUUAAAUGUAAAAACAGAAAGUAUGCGGGUUUUUUUCCUAAUAGGGUCUGAAAGUCUCGUUACGUGACUGACGAGAUUUAUCGAGAUUGUUUAAUCUGAAUAAUAUUCUAGCUGAAUCAUGACAACUGUAUACCGUCUGCUGCUGAUCUUUCUUACGGGACAGGAAUACCGCCAUUUUGUAGAAGGAGGAAGAGACUGUAAAAUGACACAGACAGGGACAGAGUACUUUGGCUUCACUAAAGUCACAGCGACUGGAAGAAUUUGUCAAAAUUGGAAUUCCCAGUAUCCACAAAAGCAUACAGUCAAGCAUAUUCUGCAGAGCACCAAGAAUUACUGUAGAAACCUAGACAAGGGGAAUUUCAAAGGGCCCUGGUGCUAUACCAUAGACAGGAACAAGAGAUGGGAAUACUGCAAUAUACCACUGUGUCCCAUCACAGACGAUCAAUGUUAUGAGGAAAACAGGGGCUUUCUGUACACGGGGAAGAUAAACAAGACAGAGACGGGGUAUCCAUGUCGUCGUUGGGAUUCCGAGGAAGCAUACGAGACACUAUCUGGAUUAGCGAAUUACUGUAGGUCUCCUGAUGGAGCUAAAUUUCCGUGGUGCUUAUCCACGGCACCCGGAAAACGAUGGGAGAAAUGCGACAUACUUAUAUGUGGGCAAUCAAGACCGCGGGCUACCACACCACCAACAACUCCAGCGCCACGGACAACACACCCAACUACCACACAUCAAACUACAACAACACAACUAAAAACAACAACACAACUAAAAACAACAACACGAAACAUGAUCCCAACAAUAUCAGCAACGACAAGACAAACAGAGGAGCGGGGACCAAUAGAAAAGGGUCGUCCCCAAACUCAAAAUGAACUUCCAUCGAACAUGGACAAUACAGUUACCAUAACUGCUGACUUAGUGAUUGCAAUUCUAACACUUAUUAUCGUUAUUGCUGCCGUGUUAGUCGGUUUUUACUCGCUCUACAUUUUAUAUCGAACGAAUGUUUUCAGAAGUCCCACCAACAAACGGUCCAUUGAUUCUGCCAAUACUUUUACCGACAUACAUCCAAUAGUAAUGAAUCAUUCUUUAUAAUUGUUGCGUGCACGCGAAGGGAAACCAUGCAAUUAAUCUAUGGUCUCAAAUCCAUGUCAGAUAUGUUGUAAGUAGUAUAUACGUGUAUGCAUGUUAUUUGAUUAAUGUAUGCCAUUAAACGAGAAUUCAAAUAUAUAAA